AACUUUUGGCCGGAUUUGUUGAUCUGAGUUACGUUUGUCCAAUUUAUGUGACUCUCAAUGUGCGAAUUAUCUGUUUUCUUGCAUUCAAUAAUUUCCUUUUGACGUAAAAGAUUCUUGCAUUUGCGUCUGGUGUUUGACAGCAAAAUUGCGGCCUUUACGUAGUUCCAAGUCACACCUGGCAACAUCUGGUAUAAAGUGUUUGCUUGAAAACACAUUUAUCAAUCUAAGUCUGGACUUAAUGUUGUUACUUUUAAAGUGGACCCCAUUAGACAAAAUAUUUCAAAGGACUAUUUUUCAUAUCAUUCAUAACAGUUUUUUGUUCACAUUUUCCUAUAGAUUUCUGAAUCUUAAGUGCUAAUUUAUUAUGUCUUCAUGUGAUCUAGACUAAUAUUGUAUGUCUGAUUCCCUAAAGUUAUGGUCGACCCUCAAAGCUUUAGGCAUCGCUGCACUCCUGGCCUGUCCAGCUUAAGUAAGAAAACAGCUCAAGUCAUUGAUUUACCACGAGUACCUACCUCUUCUGAGCAACCUUUUUCAUUUGCCUACCCAUUGUACCACUUGUUAAUUUGCCUAUUCCUUUUUAUCCAACUCUUUCUUUCUUUGCCUAUCUUCCCAACUUUGCUCCAUUGCUUACCCCUUUCUUUCUAUCCUUUGCAUUUGCUUACCCCUUCUGCCCAUCAUAUUCCUUUACAUAUCCUCUUUGCCCCUCCUGAUUAAAAUAGGCUGCCUGCAUAUGCUGUCCCAUCUUUACUUACUUACAUAUGCCAGUCUUCAGAUUUGCUACUAAAUUUCCAAAAGCCAUCAUAUUUAGCAAUAGAGUCAACAUUUCUAUUGACAAGAGUUUCAACGCCAUAGAUCAGCAUAUUUCACACCAGUGACGACCUACUUUAAGGAAAAUCUUUUGCGGAAGAGACUGCGUUUUUCGCGUUUCCAAAUUUUCGCGAAAUUUACUAAAAUGUAAAAUUCGCGAAAGUUUAUUUCCUCGAAAUUUCUUAAAAUGCAAAAUUUGCGAAAUUUUAUUCCUGCAAAUGUCUGAUGAUUAAAAUUGCAAAUUUUCAUUUUCCCCAAAAUUUAACUUCAAAAUUGACCUGUAUGUUUUCUGCGAGAUAAUUUGAUGCACAAGAAAAAUUUAAACAAGUAAAUUAUUCUCUACUUUCUUUAUUCAAUUAAUCAUUUUCAUAUCAUUAGGGGGCUUUUCAUUCCCUUUUAUUGCUAUAAUAAUUAGAGAUAUCAUUUUUCUUGCUUAUCCGUACACUGUGUAGCAUUGUUCAAAUGUCCCUGUGUUGGGUAAUAACUACGGACUGUAGAAGGAGGCGCUGUUAUCUUUACGUUUCUUAGCGGGAGGAAUGCGUCCAGACGAUGAUUUGGCCUUUUUUGAUAUCUAUUUCCAAUUAUGCUACAACAAUUAUAGGUUUUGAAGAUUCGAAGAUAUUACAAAAUUCGACAAGAAACCCAUUCUACGAAUUAUCCUUGUGUAUUACGUAACUUUUUGGAAAACGCAAAAGUUUAUUUCCGCAACUAUUCACUUGUUAAGCAUUGACGCCAAGUUAUGGUUUUAGUUGAUUCGUUAUCCUGAGGCACGAACAUAUUUGCAAGUUCUUCAAAAUGGUUUCAUAACAUUAACCAUUUACGCGAUUUUCUCAAAGAUUGAGCGGCACCAGCAGUGCUGUAGAGAGAAUGCCAGAUAUGAUCAACGAAAACAUGAUAUAGACCUUUUAUUCCUUGUGGCUGAUAGGGGCUUUCUCGAUUUCUCUUUAUCUGCAAAACGCGUUUUUUCAAACUGCUAAAUGCAAAAGGAAAUCUUUAGCAACAAUUGCAAUUGUUUUGUCGUUGAAUUUCAGCAAGUGUUUAUAAUAUUGCCUCCUUUGUUUUUAUUUCUCAUUGGACAUAAAUAUUUAAUAAGAAAUGCAAGAUCUAAUAUUGUUUUAUGAUUUCACUUUGACCAAUUCACAUCUCUUUGGGCAUGUAAAUAUAAUUAAUGAUCCAUUUCAAUUUGUUGUGACUUCAUGCCUUCAAUUGCACCUGGCAUCAACUCGAUAUCUUCACACUUUAAAAGACAGAUUGAUUAAUCGAUGUCAAGGCGAGAUCAAGUAAAGUGUUUUCAAAAGCGACAAUCUGUCGCCUCUUUGGUGGCUGUUUUUGGCGGCUGUGGCAGUUGUGAAGUCGUCAACGUAGCUUUGUGUGUUAAUGUGUGAAACUAAGGAUGAUUUUGGUUUACAUUUCAAGUUAACGCCGAUGAUAUCAUAAAGCAAGGUUGACUUUGUUGAAAGGCUUGUUGAAGAAAGUUCUCGAAUCAGUUCGAUAAUGCUUUACCAUCUGGCUACUCUACUCGUGUUGGUCUUUCAAUCUUCCCGUUACGCUGCUGAACAAAACCUAAUUGUGCCAGACAACCAGUUCUCACGUAAUCUGUACGCUUGGGAAAUCUUGGAGAGCGAGACAGCAUUCAAACAUAUUCAAGCUUCUCCAGCAAGUACAAAUCUCACAGCAAUUUCUAUUAACGGCAACCACUUCACAUUUGCAUCUGGUGUUUGGUUCCAAACAAACUACUCAGUCGUCGGGCCUAAUGAAUCUAUAAAAACGUGGAAUGAAGAUUUCAACGUAACAAUAUUUGUAACAGAAUCAGGCAAAAUAUACUGCCUACAUGAUUCUCCAAAUGUUCCGUAUUUUAUAGGAAACACGUCCAGCAGUGUUUCUGUCAUCAUAGCAAAACUAAAUGAAGGGUCAGUGCCCUUUCUUGAGGUGUUGUUAUCAGAGACACAGACGAUCACCCUUCAAGUAUACGUUCGUGUUUUUACGGCUAAUGCCAAGGACAUUAGCUGCACGUUUUCAAAUUACUCUUGCUGGCUAUUGGUUGGAAACAGUACAAUUCAGUAUUUUCAAUGGCACAGCCCACUAGGAAAGAUGUCGCUGCUGGCUAACUUCAAUAUCACUGGCUACAGCUUUUCAUCAAUCUCUGCUUAUCAGAACGAGGUUUGGCUCAUAGCUGCUGACGGCGCAACAGCGUGGAGGAGGCUUGGUGUGACGUUAGAAACUCCCAUAGGCACUCGAUGGAUGGUGUUCACUUUGUAUGUGCCUUUUCGGGCAUCGAAGGUCACGAUCGGUCCCGGAGGAAUAUACGUUUUACUGAACGGAGGAGUAGUUGCUAAGUAUCAAGGUUUUGAGCAAUCUUCUGCGCAGACACCAUCGACAAUGUUUGAGAUUGACACGUACGACGACGGAAAGCUGCUAGGAAUAGUUGAAACAGGCCAGAUGAUUCAAAGUUCAAUUGUUAAUGCAACGCCAACUAGCUUUGGGAAUCUUGUUGUUUACGAUGCCAUUAGCAAAAUUUGGACAGCCCCUUCUGGGCUAGUAACUCAUGAGCUCAAGAAUAUUGCUGUCGGUGAAUCGACUGUUUAUGCACUUAGAAAGGGAAUAAAUGCCUAUCCACAUCAGAUUGGUCUAGGCUUGAAUUCUAUUAACAAGUAUGGAACUGAGAAGCUUUCUUGUUUUUCACUGGGCACAGGAGCGAGCAAUAUCCUUUUUAUGAUAGAAGAUAACCCAUCAGACACACAUUUAUACUGCGAUACGUUCGUCAGUGAAGUGCCCUAUCUGAGGAUCGAGGAUCAAAACGCAACAAGCUUCGGGCACUUUGCGUUCGUUUCAUGCGGAGAGGCCCACUGCUGGGGCAUUAACAACAAUGGAACUUCAGCCUUUAUUUCCCUGAAACCAAUAAAUCCUUGUUCAGAAAACUUGAGCGAUUCUCACCUGCGACUUAUUGACGAAGGUAUUACUUUCAAAACAAUUGAUACUAGCAAGAAUGGAGAUACCUGGGCAGUCGAAGCGAAAACGAACGAUGCAUUCAUUCGACUAGGGGUCGAUACUGACACAGUCAAUGGUACAAUGUGGGCUCCCAUUCCGGGAGUUUCUCUCCGAGAUGUUGCAGUAGGCCGCGACAUAGUAUACGGAAUAGGCGUCAAUGGAGAGUUUUUUCAUUUAGGAACUAAAGACGGCAACUGGACAAGCUGGUCGCUAUGGACACAAUGCAACGCUAGUUGCAACGGAGGAGUACAACAAAGACGCCGGUAUUGCCACCGCCCUGCGCCUCAAUACGGGGGAAGCAACUGCACGGGUUCGAACAUAGACACAAGAGCAUGUAAUCAACAAAUUUGCAAAGGCUACCAAUGGUCAGAUUGGUCUUCCUGGACAACUUGUAAUGGAAACUGCCCUGUUGGAGAAUCAACAAGAACACGAUCUUGCGUUGAGACAACGAAUUCCACCGGCAAUACAUGCACUGGCAGCAAUCAAAAAAGUUUAAGCUGUCUAAACCAGUGUUUGGCUAAUCGGACAGUUACUGUCGAGAAAUACAUCAAAGAGCCAUGGCAAGACGUCCGGAAUGGCUACACAUGCCAACCAUUCAGUGAUUUCAUGUCAAUUAGUGUUUAUAUGAAAAAUAUAAUGUUGUACUUUGAAAAUGUCACUAUUCCAAAAUCAGCUGUUGUCCUCGACGCGUAUAUCCAGUUCACGUGCAAGACUUCGUAUUCGUCAUCGCACCAUGUUGACGUGUUGGCCGUUGUUGAUGCUGAGGAAGUUAUCAUUGAUGAAUUGAUCAGUUGUAACUUCAGUGCCAGCAAUUAUUCGUCUUCUGUUGCUUGGCACGCUGGAGCUUGGCAGUCAGAAGAGCGUGGUCCAGCACAACGGACACCUAAUCUAGCAAAUAUUGUGCAAGAAUUAAGGGGUGCACCCUCCUGGAAUGGUAGUGGUCCUAUGGUCUUUAGCCUCCGGAAUGCCACUAGUGGAUACAGAUAUGUAUACUCUUUCGACAGGGAUCCUCUCAAAUCUCCUAUGCUCCACAUCCGAUACAACGAAGAAUAUUUGGUCCCUCUCAACACAUCAUGGACUUCUUGGUCAUCUUGGACAAGCUGUAGUCAUCCAUGCUUUACAGGCAAGCAAAAUCGAACAAAAAAGUGCAAAAUAACGAAUGCCAGUCUGCAUGUUCCAGCAUCACAUUGUCCGCCAGGGCAAAUAUACGACGAGCAGUUUUGCAAUAAACAGUCUUGUUACGAACUUGACAACUGCACGUUGGCAUUAAAUGAAACCGGGGGACAAGUCUGUUGCAUGCUUGGAAUGGAGUUAGCAGACUCUUCAAAUUACAUUGAAUGUUUCUUAAGUGCAGGGUCUCAACAAUAUCAGUGCCCUUUGGAUCGAUAUGGUUUGGCCUACGGCGCAUGCAUUACCGUCAAUGGAAAUUGGUCGUCAUGGUCAAAGUGGUCUAACUGCAAUCCAAACGUGCUUUGCAAGGACCAGCUCAGGCAGCGAAGUAGAAAAUGUAACAAUCCCGUUCCACUCUAUGGCGAAAGCUGUGCAGGAGAUUCGAAGAAAUUCGACACAUGCAUCGAAAAUUGCAUACCAAAUGGAACCUGGAGCGAUUGGAUCCUGGCUCAACCUUGCAACGUGGCCUGCGGAGAAGGAUCUCAGACAUGGUCGAGGACUUGCCUGGACAAAAAUGGAAUAGAUCAGCUGCCGUCUGUCGCAUGUAAUGGAUUUCACCUGAUGACAAACAGCUGUUCCUUGCCGAACUGUUCAGUGUCAAUCCCAGAUAGCAGUUACAUGGUAUCAAGCACAAUCUCUGCAAGUCCCUUGACCAUUGAGCAAUCUACCAACAAACAGGGUGUCAGCUCAGUGACAUCUGUGACAUCUGGCUCCACAGCUCAUGCUACGGAAGGUUUUACAGUUAGCAGCUCAAUGAAGUACAAAUCAAGCAUGAAAUUUGAGACUUCAGAGACCCAGCUCCAUUCAACAGAAUUACAAAGCCAGGCAUCGUCGAGCAAAUCACCACCCAUAAGAACCGACACAUCAUCGUUGAUGCCUUAUGAACCAAGCACAACAUUGCACAUUUUUUCAAGCCUUAAAUCUCUAAUAACAGCGAGCAUAGAGCCUACAAAUACAGAAACACUAAAAGGAAAAACCCAAAGCCCUUGUCCCUCCCGGAUGCAAUGUAGCUCAGCAACUGUGCAUGAGGAGGAUCCAAGCUCGGUUAUUUCAAUCGAAAGCUCUCAGAUCUCAUUACCCGUACAGCAAUUUGAAUCAAUAAUAGAGACUACAUUUCACAUGAAUAUUGAUGCAAGCACGGUCCAAACGAACAGACUUGAGGCGACACCGGUACUGAGCAGCACAGCACUGUUGAUUUCAGCCUUAACGACGUCUGGAGUUUAUUCCGAGAUUGAUUCCGGUUAUUCUGAUACCGGUAUCGCCUUACUGGCUCACACUACCAGUAAAGGGAUGGAAAGCCUUGAAACGUCAACCAUAGUAAGCGUCAAUCCGAGCUUGGUACUUGAAGAUUCCGGACAUCUUCCUUCGACAUCCGUGACAGAAUCAUAUUCCCCAGACCUAUCACAACACACCGUAUCAUCUCAAUUCUCUGAGAAAGUUCUUCAAAGUGUUUGGAGUGAAAAUGCAAAUGAAACAAAGAGUAGUUCGGUGCUCAAGAUAAACCAAUCAACGAGCUCGGAAUUUGCAUCAGCAGAAGGCAAGUCUUCCGUUUCUGUACAUGGUGGACAUGGUGCCUGGGCCAAGUGGGGAGAAUGCUCGGUUUCAUGUGGCAAAGGUAUCCGCAUCCGGUAUAGUGAAUGUACCGGUGGAGAUGUUUGCGACAACGCAAUUCCAGAGUCAUCCGCUUGUGAAAACCGUCCUUGUCCAGUCGAUGGUGGAUGGACCAGCUGGUCGGUGUGGUCUCGCUGUGAUCGAACCUGCGAUGGCGGAACAAGGGCCUCGUUUCGACGUUGUACCAAUCCACCUCCGCAGCACAAUGGCCUCGAUUGCGAUGGGAGUUCCGAACGGACUGAAGAAUGCAAUCUCCAAAUAUGUCAAGUUGAUGGUGGCUGGGGCCAAUGGACAACAUGGGGGCAUUGUGACAAACCAUGCAAUGAUGGCUACAGAAGACGAUUUCGAUUCUGUGACUCUCCGCACCCGAAGUACAAUGGCAGAAAGUGCUUUGGAGCUGGAGAGGAUAUAAUGCCGUGCAACGCAAAUCCUUGUGCAUCGGCGAUCAUCAACGUUAGCACCAGAUUCAAGUAUGAAACGUUUACCAAUGAUUUACUUGACAUAAACUCAAUAGCCUUUAAAAAAUUGAAAGGAAAGAUUCGCAACAAUCUACUAUCGAUGUACAAGAACUCCAGCGUCGUGCUUAACCUCGCCAUUAUUAGCUUCAAAGAGGGUAGCGUUAUCUCGAGGUUCACAGUCAACUACAAGGAAUUGAGCACGGUUGAAUUAGUGAUUUUGGCUACCUACUUGGAUGAAAAGAAGCUGCUCGGAUCGAUGCCAGUCGGGUUCUCAGAACUCAAUUCCACAGAUGUCCUUCCGCCUCCUGAUUCACUAACGGCUGAAGCGAUCAGCCCCACGACAAUUCGCCUGUACUGGAGCUCUUUUGCAUCAAUACUUCAUCAAUACAGCAGCAAUUUCACAGGCUUCUUGAUCACCUACAAGAAAACAGCAGACAGUGACACGGAGGGUUGGCAUAGAAUAGCUACGCAACCGAACAGCUCUAGUAUCGACGUCACAUAUCUUAUCCCAUACGUGUUGUAUACGUUCAGAGUCACUGCAAUGACAAACACAGGUCUCGGGAUCCCAAGUCAAUAUGUUGAUGCAUUCACACAGCAAGGAGUUCCAGUGAGUCCGCCAGCAAAUUUCUCGUGUCAGCCAGCCAACGAAGCAUGUUUAUUCUGUGAGUGGAAGGAAAUACCUCGUGACAGCUUACAUGGAGAACUUUUGCAAUACCAAAUCAACUACAGAGUAUACAGCAGAUCUCAUGCAAAUGUGACAACAGAAUGGAGUAACAUCACUAUACCAAGCACGCAGAGAACUUAUAUAGUAGAAAACCUCGCAGCAUAUACAAGAUACGAAUUGGAGCUCGUUGGAUCGACAGCCGCUGGAAGUAGCCCCCCUGCCUGGACCCAAGCUAAAACAAAUGAUGGCGUUCCCACAUUGCCACCGCAAAACAUUACUGUUUCAAUCUCAGAAGCUGAGAAUAAAAUUGACAUUCACUGGACACAACUGCCAAGGGAACACUGGAAUGGGAAGCCUUUUGGCGUCAUCAUUUACUACAAAGUCGUCAAAAAUGGAUCUGCUGCCAUUUUGAAUGGUGCUUGGCAACAAGAACUGCUGCAACCCGACGAAACCCACCAUCAAGUCAAGGGACUGAGCAUAAACAUGGCACUAUCAUUUUAUUUAGCUGGAGUGACGUCAUUUGGGGAAGGCAUCGCUAGUUCACCUAUCCAAGGCGAAACCUGUCAUUGUAACCGCAUUCUCUAUGUUGCUUGGUAUGACAGAAAACCUUACAUCACUACAAGUGAUAAUUUGCAGACCGGAAUAUUCCCGGAAUUGAUUUCAAAAAUUGUCAAAAAUGUGUGUGGAUAUUGCAAAGCGUAUGGCUAUACAAAGGUUUAUUAUGAUAGAAGUAGAACUGGCAAAAGCCCAAUCCGUGUGACAGAGAGAGACCUCCGGUCAAAGGUUGAUGACGAGGUGCAUUUCCAUCUUCCUGUCUCUGGGAACAAGGUGGUGACCACACUUGAAGGGAAAUACCAGUACGUCCAGGUCAUAGAUGACACAGGAUCUGUUUUCAUUGGAAUCGAUCAGAACAAUGCUGCAAAGUCUAAGAAGAUCAUGCAGAUCCUCUACACUUCAUAUCCUGUUGUGUUGAUCAUUGCUUUGUUCAUGGUCACUACUGGCAUGAUCCUAUGGUUCGCUGAUCAAGCACAAAAUCCAGACGAGCUUCAAAGAGGCCAUUUCUUUCGAGGAGUCCUGAAUGGAGCGUGGUGGGCGUUUAUUACCAUGACAACAGUUGGUUACGGCGACAUAGCGCCGAAAAGUUUCUCUGGACGGGUGGUUGCAGUUGUGUGGAUAAUCAUUGGCCUCGUUCUGUCCUCAAUUUUCGUCAGCACCCUAACAACUGCAAUUAUUGUCGCAUCUGUGAAUGAAGAUGUCAAGUUGUAUGGAACCAAGGUUGCUGCUCUCUACAAUUCACCAGAGUAUUGGCUUGGUUACAGAAGAUUGUCACGUAUAACUACAACAGAUGUUAAUGGGAGAAGUUUCACCACUGCAAAAGAAUUAUUGCAAGCAGUUGUUAACGGUCAGGUGAAAGGUGCUUUGCUAGAAGCCAACGAAGCGUCCACGUUGCUGGAUUUUAUUUCUGCAAAUGGCCUACGAGUUAUCAAACAAAUAGAAACGAACAAAGGAAUUGGUAUGCUGUUGUCUGGUGAAAUGACUGGACUGCAUGCAGAUAUAAGGACGUAUGUUAAGAAUAAUCAGGAUAUGAUUAGCAACCUCUUGAAGAAUGGAACCGUGGAGCUUGAGAUAAAGAGCCAAGCAUCACGAAGCCACAGUGUUACUCGACUGUUUGACUCCAAAUCAGCCUUGUUUCAGUUAUCGUUGAAGUUCACGUUGAUAAUCUUUGGAGUUUUAUUCAUAUUUGGCCUACUUUGGCAGUUUUGCCUUCGAUCCGGAAUCAAAAGGCUGAAAAGAGUCUACCCAAAGACGAAAGAAGACGUAAUUCGAGAACGUUACUUCAAGGCAACAAACGAACUUUGCGAUGAUGUUGAGAAUUUUGUGACAAGUUACAAGAAAAGAGUUGAAGAUCUUUUCGAAAGCCAAAUGCGGGAACGCUUUCAACUUGUUAUCAAGCACAGUAAAACGACACCCUAUGGGCCAAAGGGAUGGAUAAGAUAUAGAACACUAAACACACGACAUAUCCUAUCCGAGAUCAUUGCCCAGGAAAUUAUAAAUGAAAACGUGAUGCAAAUUCAGCGUAGACAAAAAAGAGCACCCAAUACGAAGAAGAGAGAAAUGACGAUUGGGGAUUGUGACGAUGAAGUGACAAAUGUGACACCUAUUGGCCUAAUGGAAGCUGAAACAAAGUUGUAGCUGCUUAGUUUUUAAAGCUCAAUGUUUCACUAGAUACCUUGUCAACGUUACUGUACUGUUCUUUCAGGUUUUGUACAUAAACUAAUGAUGUCUGUUGCUGCAAUAUAUACGCAUUUCACUUUACUAUUAAAUAAUAACAGCGAUACUUCGAGUCAAAUCGUAUGUCUGUUCAUUGCUAACUGCAAGAGUUGCCCUUGCCAAGGAUGCCCCGUGCAAGGGAUGCCCCCUGCAAGGGAUGCCCCCUGCAAGGGAUGCCCCCUGCAAGGGAUGCCCCCUGCAAGGGAUGCCUCCGGCAGGGGUUGCCCCUGUCACGCAUUCGAACUUUUUUAUUUGAAUGCCAAACGCUUUGUUCCAUUGUCAUGUUAAUGUGUGUGGCUUUUAGUGUGGCUGGUGAAAUCAAAAAUGGAGGAGUAAUUUAACCGAGCGAGUUUAGAAUAGCCCCAAAAAGACAAGAAUACUGGUAACCUCUACCUAAACAGGAAUAUUUGCACCUCUGCAUGACAGGAAAGCAAUUUUUUAUGAAUAGAUUGGCUUAUACAGAAGAAUCUUCUUUCGUCGCAGUCAUCAUAGAUUUCUC